AUGUCCAUCAUCAAGAACGUAAACGUCGGAGAAAAAUUAUGCGAGCAUAUUCGUUUAGCCAGUAGUGGUGCCAAUACAUGCAUCGUUGUUGUUGUUUUUAUAAGCGACAGCGAUCUUGUCUUCAUGGCUCACCUUGAUUCCGUUUUAUUAGGACACGAACCUGCGUUGCCACUGGUCAAUGCUAAAAGAAUAAUCGAGAUCGUGUUGCAAAUGUUCUGUGAAUCAAAUGAUGAUGCUAUUGCUGAGAGUGUAUUUCUGUAUGGAGGAGUAUCAAAUUCAGAUAACAAUGCGAUCGAUACUUCACUCAUGGCUAUUCGGCUGAUGAAUAAUGAUAUUUUUCCGGAAGAUCCGAUGGUCAAUGUAGAUAAAUUUCGUAAAUUCAUUGCCACCAGUCGAUUCCAUAAUGUUUCAUUUAACUUAGCUUCAAGUUUCAACCCAAACGAUGACGACAAUGAAUUAAACUGGGUCUCUGAUAUCACCAUUGUUUGUGAUAGAAGUACGGUCCCUAUCACUCUGGCACUUAUCCAAUAUGCUGGUCAAGAAAGGGAAAUAACAGGUGAUCGAAGCUGA